AUGUCUACGGAUACUCAAGCUCUUCAAGCUGAGGUCGACCGUCUCCGCCUCGAGUUGAAGACUUUUCACGUCGAUGCUGGCGUCGAGAAGAUCUCUAUUGGGAACUACCUCCUCACCCGACUCGCGCAGUUGGACGUAACUUCGAUGUUCGGCCUUCCAGGAGACUUUAAUCUUGGCUUCCUGGCGAGUCCGACUCAGAGGAUCUGGUCGAAGACCACCCCCAGAUCGACUGGGUCGGAAAUUGCUGAUGGCUACGCCAGGAUCAAAGAGGGUUCCAUUGGCGUCUUAACCACGACAUUCGGUGUUGGAGAGCUCUCGGCCAUGAACGGUAUCGCUGGAGCCUUCUCGGAGAUGGUGCCCGUCCUCCAUAUUGUGGGAGUACCAAAUACGGUCCAGCAGAAGACCCGUCCCCUUCUCCAUCACACCCUCGGUGACGGCAGAUAUGAUGCUUACGGCAAAGCCGCCUCCCAGUUCACCAUUUGCCAACAAUAUCUUAUGGACACACAAACUGCAGCGGAAAAGAUUGACCACGCUAUAACAGAAUGCAUCACGAAGGUGCCCAACUUUUUGUACCACACCUGCGGAGGGUUUGCUCAUUUUGAUCCCUCUAGGCCCGUCCGGUCUACCUCACCCUUCCUACCGACCUCGUCUAUCGAAGAGAUAUCCUCUGAGCGAUUGAAGAUACCUUUGUCUCACGAUAUACCCUUCAACCAACCCGAGAUGGAGCAAGCCGUCGUUGAUUUGAUCUAUGGCCGUGUCAAGGCAGCCAACGGUGACGUUGUUGUUAUCGUUGAUGCUUGCGUUAUUCGCCACAGUGUCCGAAAGGAGGUCGACGAGCUUCUCAAGGUGACCGGUUUUCCCGUUUAUGCGACGCCAAUGGGCAAGACUGCUGUCGAUGAGAGCUAUUUCCGCUAUGGUGGAAUCUAUAUCGGCUCGUUAACACCUCCCGACGUCAAAGAGAAAGUCGAAAACGCGAAGCUCAUCCUGUCGAUCGGUUCACUCGGCAGCGAUUUCAACACCGGCAAUUUCUCAUGGAACAUCCCUAAGACACGCCAAAUUGAGUUUCACUCAACCUACACCGAAGUCAACUUUGCCCGAUUCGAUAACAUCGGGAUGAAGCAUAUGCUGCCCAAGCUCUCAGAACGCCUCCGUGACUUUUAUCCUCCCGGGCACAGACUUCCGGUUCCGGCGUUCAUUAAGCAGCUUCCCGAAGAAAACACUCCCGUCAUCUCGCAUUUGUGGUUUUGGCCAAGAGUCGGGUACUUCUUCAGGCCCAAGGACGUUAUCAUCACCGAAACGGGCACCGCCAAUUUCGGUAUUCUGGACGUUCCUUUGCCUAGCGGUGCUAUUCUACUCAACCAAAUUCUUUGGGGUAGUAUCGGGUGGUCUGUUGGCAGCACUCUUGGCGCAGCUUUGGCUGCAAAGGACGUUGGAAUGGAACGAGUCAUCCUGUUCGUGGGUGACGGCAGUCUGCAAUUGUCCGUCCAAGAAAUUUCGCCUAUGAUUAGGAAGGGCUUGAAACCUAUCAUCUUCGUUCUGAACAACAAAGGAUAUUCGAUUGAGCGAUAUAUUCAUGGAAAAUAUCGGCGAGUUCCUUUUGUACCGCCUUUUGGCUACAACGACGUCGCAAAUUGGAAGUGGUCAAGCCUUUUGGAUACCCUGAACGACGGCGGAAAACACUCCACCGCCAGCUAUACCGUAGACAACAAGGAAGAACUCAACGAACUCUUAGACAACGAAGCGUUCGCUGCCGCUGACAACCUCCAGCUCGUCGAGGUCAUGAUGGAUGCUCUCGAUGCACCUCAGACUUUGGAGAGGCAAGCUGAGCUCACGGGCAAGGGUAAUGCCUACGCUGCAUAA